AUUGUCGAUGUUUAUGUUGAUGAUGAGUUUGUGCUUACUAUUAACGAAGGAGGUUCUUUUGGCGAGCUUGCUCUUAUUUAUGGAACACCAAGAGCUGCAACAGUCAAAGCAAAGGCAGUCAUUUAUUUAAAGGAAACAUCUCAAUUCCUACUACUUGUCAAAUUCAAACAUAUUUUGAAGACGGACGUCAAACUAUGGGCGAUUGACCGCCUCUCCUACCGACGCAUAUUGAUGGGGUCAGUGUUGAGGAAACGCAAGAUGUAUGACGAGUUCCUAUCUAAGGUUCAGAUUUUAGCUGAUCUUGACAAAUGGGAACGCGCAAAUGUUGCUGAUGCUCUUGAACGAUGUGAUUUUGAACCUGGAACUCAUGUGGUUGAACAAGGCCAGCCUGGAGAUGAAUUCUUCAUAAUACUUGAAGGUGAAGCCAAUGUGCUGCAGAAACGAAGUGAUGACGCGCCUUUCGAUGUUGUUGGUCAUCUAUCUUCUUCCGACCACUUUGGUGAAGUUGCCCUCCUUUUGGAUUGCCCCCGUGCUGCCACAGUUGUUGCGAAGACCCAGUUGAAAUGCAUCAAGCUGGAUCGUGCCCGUUUUGAGCGUGUAAUGGGACCUGUUCGUGAGAUCCUCAAGCGUGACGUGUCUAACUAUAACUCCUACGUCAAACUGAUGACCUGA